AUGAAUUGCGUACGAUUGUUACGACUAGCCGAAAAACAAACAUUUCGAGGGUUUCAUACAACAUUGGCUAGAUAUGCCUCAAACGCUCCAAUUCGUUACAUGGAAACCCAAAAGAUGUGGAGAGAAAGAGAUGGAAUAUCCAAACGUUGGCAGUUGAUAUACAAAGCUCCAAUGGACACUGCACUUAAGUACGCAUCUUCUUACUUAACGGUAUCAACGGGUAUAAUUGGAGCCAGCACUCUGUACUAUGCUGCUUUCGUAUUUGAUAAGGCGGAUAUGUACAACCCAGUGGUAAUCGGAGACAAUGUGGUGAUUGCUAACAACCCAGUUGAGUGCUUAGUAUACCUUGGAUCCUUCAUUGCAUUACAUAUUGCUAUAAAAGUAUUAAUAUCCAGAUACGUCAUCAGAAUGUAUCAGGAUGGUGACGAAUAUUUAGCAGUGUUUAGAGGGCACUUCUUUAAUAGUAUAACUACACACAAGUUUAAAUUGAAAGAUUUUAAAAAGUUAAAACCUACUUUCUUUGUCUCCUGGGGUGAGGCUAGGUUUGAUCUUGGUAAUAAGCAUGGCAUCAUAUUAGAGAACUACUUCAAAACACCUGAACAUUUUCACUAUAUGUUGAACAAAAAGAGUUCGGAAAAUGCUGAAGAAGAAUAAUUUGUUAAGAUUACAAUAUUUAUGUUAUUAUGUAUGUAGUUUUAAUUAUUAGCUUUUGUUGUUACAAGCUAUAGAAUAAAUGUUUUCAUAUAACA